UCCACCUGCCGAGGCACAGGGACUCCGAUGCUGCGCGAGACGCGGGAGCUGUGAGGAGACGGAGAGGAAAAGGAAAAGUUCUGAAUUUACGUUUCAUCUGUUAAAAUUUUAUUUUUAUUCACAUUCCUGGAUCGAAUUCAGGGAUAUUCACGUCCGAAAAUGGAUCUGUGGAUUUCCCGCUUAUUUUACGUAUGUGUUAUUUUUCUCAAGGGAUCAGUGUGUGGGCUACAGAUAUCCUCAGGCCCAGCAUCUCUGGAGAAGGCGAGUGGUGAGACCGUGUCUCUGGAUUGUGGAUUCACUCUGUCAUCUCAGGACAGUGGACCUCUGGACAUUGAGUGGAGCAUCCAGCCCUCUGACAACCAGAGAGAAGAGAAAGUGGUAAUCCUGUACUCUGGGGACAGGGUGUAUGAGGAUUAUUACCCCCCACUAAAGGGCAGAGUGCACUUUAACUCCCCCGACCCAAAGAAUGGUGACGCCUCUGUCACAAUACUGAGCCUGAUCGCCUCCGACACUGGCACGUACCAGUGUAAAGUCAAGAAAGCACCUGGCCUCGGCAGCAAGAAGAUCCUGCUCACUGUCAUGGUGCGUCCCUCUAAGCCACGCUGUUCUAUCGAGGGUUCCCCAUAUUUCGGGAAUGAGGUGGUUCUAAAAUGUAAAUCCACUGAUGGGACGAGUCCUAUACAGUACACAUGGGAGAAGACCACUGACAGCAAGCUGCUGCCUGCUAAUGCUGUUCUGGAUGCUGCUGCAGGGAUAGUGAAGAUCCGUAAUGCGACGGCAGCAAUGUCAGGGAGUUACCGCUGUACUGCACAGAACAGAGUGGGGGCCGAACAGUGUAUGUUGGACCUCAAAAUCACAGCACCCCCAAACACAGCGGGUGUGAUUGCAGGGUCAGUAAUCGGUGUGUUGCUGUUCCUGAUUCUCUUGGCUCUGCUCCUGUUCUGCUGCUGUCGUGCUCGUCAGAAAAAGAAGUACGAGAAGGAGAUUUCCUAUGAGAUCAGAGAGGAUGUUCCUGCCCCAAAAAGUCGGAUCUCUACUGCCCGUAGUUUCACCAGUGUGGGGAGUCAGCGUUCGUCUCUUGGCUCCAUGUCUCCUUCCAACCUGCAUGAGUAUGCCAAGUCCCAGUACAACAAGAUUCCAUCUGAGGAGUAUGAAGCUCCUCCUAGCCACGUCCCUGAUCCCCCACCCAGCCACACCCCCGUCAUUCCAGUCAUCCCACCCAGCAGGGUAGCAGGCCCCAACCUCAGCCGCAUGGGGGCAAUUCCGGUCAUGACCCCGGCUCAGAACCGGGACGGAUCCAUCGUGUAGCAGUGGAGCGGCCGAGUGGAUCAGAGGCGAGAAAAACGUCAUGUACUGAACUUACAAUUUAUUUUACCAGAUAAUGAACAGAAGGAAGUGCGUAAAGAUGUGUGUGUGUGUGUGUGUGUGAAAGUGGAUAAUUCAGAUUCUGCUCUGUAAAUAAAUUUGAAAUUUAUUUUCAGGUACUGUCUAGUGAGAUGUAGCUGUACUCUGUGUCUUUUCUAAAGCACCCUCUAAGAUAAUUUUCAAGCGGUUUGAUGAAAUGUAUAUGGCUCAGAUAAAAGCUAAAGUUAUUACAUUUUCCAGUGAUGUGGCUCCAAUCAUUUAAUCAAAAAAAAAUUUAAGAAAUUCUUUUAUUUUGUUGAUGAAGUCUGUAAAGCAUCGGCUAGGCAGUUUGUUAGGCUUUUAUUUAUUUUAGCAUGUAGGACCUCUGUAAUGAAGCUCUGAUGGUUGAAUGAAGCUCUCGUGGUACCGAAACACAAAUCCCAACAGGAACCAGGGUAGGAACCACCUCGCAUUAGAGACUUGAAAAGGUUUUUUUUCAAAGUAGAGAAAUGUUUUUCCUCUUCAGUGAGAUUGAGAAAUUCUCUUUUGAUCAGCUGACAUAUAAGCAAAAUUCCAACUUUGGCAGGCAACAGUGUAUAACCUGUACUUAAAUACAAUUCAGUGCACAGAGGGUGAUUUAUAAAAAUUCUGCUCGUGUAUGAUGUGCAUAUAUUUCAAACUCCUGAUCAUGUGUAUGUUGAAACCCAAGAUCUUUAUUUACAUAAUGCUGUGCUACAUUACAGUUCUAGAAAACUGCACCAUUGAAGGUUUUCCAGAUGUAGGUGGGGUAAUGGAUUGCAUGCAUGUAGUCGUUUGUGAGCGUUUCUCUAUGUAAAUCUGAUAACUGCACAUUGAAUUAGAAUUUGUUCUGUCCAUACAAGACUCUAAGACCCUCUGGUGGCUCCUUCCCUCUGGAGACCCUGCCCCCAAUGCUUGUAGGUUCUUAGUGGAGCUGAAACAUGUGAAGGGUUAAUGUUCGAGUCAGAAAUGAUGAGGUGAUCCCCAUUCUUCUCUGCCUGUGUUUCAUUUUGGCAGAUGAAAAAUCUCACUUUGGGGGAAAAAUAAUGAAGGAAUGUAUGACAAAUUCACCCGUAAACUGUGUGCUUUAAAGCUGUUCACGGUGUUGAUGAAGGUAAUAACGAUAAAUCCUGUUGUCCUCUGCCGUAUCUUGUGUAAAAGUGAGCAGGCUUUUUUCACCAGGUUGAUUCUUUUCAGUUCUGGUCUGAUGCUGUUUCAUAUCAGAUUGUAAUAAGAAUUCUGUCUGCAGGGUGUGUUAUCUAUCUGUGGAUAUCACAAUGUUACUAUAGUGGUAGAAAUGUAGGGAUGUGACCAAAAAAAAAAGAAAAUUAAAACCUUAAAUAAUUUGCUUUUGAUUAUUGAGGUUAGGGUUAAUAUAGAAUUAGGCUUGAUUUAACCAGCAGUGAGGACUGGAGUCAUUCCCACAUGCAAUAAACCCCAGGAACUUAGAAGGGGAGGAGCUGUUGGUUGUUGUAGCAGUUAUGUCUCAUUUUCUUUCUACCUGUUUAAUAUUUCACAUUUUUUGUUCCCCCUUUUUUUUUUUUUGCAUAUUCUGUAAAUUGUAUUCUUUUGUUAAUUUUUAAAUAAAAAAGCAAAAUAAAAAACCAAAAAACCUG